AUGGACCUUUCCCCAGAUGAAGAGAACUUCCAAGGUCGGCUCCUACAUCAGGCUGCAUUGUGGGACAACUUGGAACUGCUCCAAGAGUUGAUAGCUACUGGGGCCGAGGUCGAUGCGAGAGAUCAACAUAAUCGUAGUGCACUUCAUGCAGCUGCCCUCGCUGAACGCAGUAGCUGUUUGUCAGCGCUGUGCGCUGGUGGGGCAGAUGUGAAUGCUAAGUCUGAUGAUGUCACGGGUGGCAAGACACCAUUGCAUAUCGCGGCUGAAUGCGGUCAUGCUGAAAAUGUCACAGUGUUAAUAUCAGCAGGUGCCGAUAUUACAGCAUUAACAGGUGCUGGAGAUACAGCAUUGACCUUAGCUGAACGAUCCCGGCAUAGGCAUGCGGCGAACGUCCUACGAAAUGCUAGAGAGUUACAGUCGUAUUUGAUGGCUAUGAUGAUUGCACGAGAAAUAUCAAACCUGCAGAACAACGUCGUCGAACUUUAG